UCAGUUUUUGUUUAUGAUUGAUCCACGAUUUAUUGGAGCAAAAUUACAAGAAAGUCACAAAUGCAAAAUAUUCAAACAUAUACAUAAAUACUUCUAUUAACUGUUAUUACUGGUUUACAUAUGACUGCAAUAUUAUAAGAUUGGAGUCAUUUAAUCGAACAUGGUGAACAUUAUCAUAAAAAUUUAAAGAAUUAUCAAGAUUUUAAAUAUCAGUUACAGAAACCAUCGGAAGAUAUUGAUUCUCGUAACAAAAUAAGAAAUUAUCCAUUUGAAUCGUUUAAUCCAAAAUAUAUUGAAUGUUCAACAUCCGUUUAA